AUGUCGAAUCCACGGACGAAACAGCACAGCGGCGGCGCCCCGUCCCCGAGCAGCGAGAGUGAGACAUCGCCGCUCCUCGUAUCCGAGCACGCCACCUCCUACGGCCGAGCCCCGAGCCAGAGCGAUUCCGACGUCCACGGCGUCGUCAAACAGCAAUCCGAACCCAUCACGGCAGGCCGCAUCACCAUCGCCGAGCGCGUCUGGCUCUUUGUCGGCAUCUUCCUCGUCGGCUACGCCUACGGCCUCGACAGCCAGGUCCGCGGCACCUACCAGCCCUACGCCACCUCGAGCCUGAACCUGCACUCGUCCCAUUCCACCAUCAACGUCCUGCGCAGCGUCGUCGCCGUCGCCUCACAGCCCACUGCGGCCAAGAUUGCAGACAUUUACGGCCGCUUCGAGACCGUCGUCGCUGCCAUCCUGCUCUACGUCCUAGGCACCGCUCUCGAGGCUACCGCCACCUCGGUCGAGCUGUUCUGCGCCGGCGCUAUCCUGUACCAGAUCGGCUGGACAUGCAUCGUCCUCCUCCUCGAGGUCCUCGUCGCCGACUUCUCCUCCAUGCGCUCCCGCGUCUUCUUCAGUUAUAUCCCCGCCAUCCCUUUCGUCUUCAACACCUGGAUCAGCGGCACCGUCACCUCUGCCGUUCUGCGCGUCACCUCUUGGAGAUGGGGCAUCGGCAUGUGGGCCAUCAUCCUGCCCGUCUGUUCCAUCCCGCUGCUCACGAGCCUGUACUCCUUCGGUCAGCAGUCCCGGAAGUCCGAAUCCCACCCCGAGCCCAAGAGGGCCGCCGUCGACUUGUUCCAUCAACUCGAUGCCGUCGGCCUCGCCAUGCUUGUCGCCGCCUUUUCCUUCACCUUGGCGCCCCUCACUCUAGCUGGCGGGACGGCGAGUCACUGGAAAUCCCCGGCCAUCAUCUUCCCCCUUGUUUUUGGCCUGCUCUGCAUUCCGGCCUUCAUCUUUUGGGAACGUCGGCACGCCCAGGUGCCCCUCAUACCCUUCCGCCUCCUCAAGGACCGCGGAGUCUGGUCGGCCCUGGCGGUACGGAGUCUGCUCAACUUCGCCUGGUCGACCCAGGGAAACUACCUGUACACCGUGCUCGUCGUAGCGUUUGAUUUUCCCAUAGAGACAGCGACCCGCAUCUUGUCAUUCUUCUCCUUUUUUGGCGUUUUCAGCGGCGUCAUGGUCGGCAUUGUCGUCUACCGGACCCGCAAGCUCAAGGGCAUCAUCAUCACAGGCGCUUGCAUUUUCACGGCCUCUUUCGGCCUUCUCGUUUUAUAUCCCGGGGGCGCCACAUCGGCUUCGCAGUCCGGCCUCAUCGCCGCCCAAAUCAUCAUGGGCUUGGCCGGCGGCUUGUUCGCUUACCCGACGCAGGCCUCCAUCCAGGCGUCCGCGGACCACGAGCACGUCGCCGUUAUCACCAGCCUCUACCUGUCCGUCUUCAACGUCGGGAGCGCCUUGGGGAAUUGCCUGUCGGGGGCACUCUGGACGCAGCUGCUCUAUCCGUCCCUUGAGCAGAAUCUUGCUUUCCAGCCAAAUGGGACGCUAGCGCAGGCGGUCUACAACUCCCCGUUCGCGACCAUCGAACAUUAUCCCGUGGGAGGAAAGAUCAGAGACGCCAUCAUCGACAGCUACAAGGAUGUCCAGAGGCUGCUUUGCAUCGCCGGACUGUGUAUCUGCGUGCCGAUGGUCGGCUUUGCUUUUGCGUUGAGAAACCCCAGGCUAUCGGAGGAACGGGUGCAGCCGGAGGCGUCCAGCGAGUCUGACGCAUGA